AUGCCCCUGCAGAGAAAGUGCACCAUCGCCUACAACACACUCAUCACUGCUUAUGUGAAAGCCAAGGAUAUUUUCACCGCACGCCAUCUGUUUGAUGUAAUGCAGCGGUUCAAGCGCUCUAGGAGAAGCAUGAUUUCCUGGAAUGCUAUGAUCGCAGGGUGUACUUGGUGUGGGAGGGACGACAUGGCAGUGCGGUAUUUCCAAGACAUGGUGAGGGAGGGCAAGGUAGCGCCAGAUGAUGGGACCCUCGCCGCGGUGCUGCCUGCUUGUGGGAGGACGGGGAAUGCUGGUGCCGGGAGGUGGGCGCACGAGUAUGCAUGCAAGAUGGGUAUCUUAGACAGCUCGGUGCAUGUUGCUAAUGCGGUGGUAGAUAUGUAUUGCAAGUGUGGCGAUGUGAGCAGCGCAAGAGAGGUGUUCGAAGGGAUGCAACAGCGGAGUGUGGUGAGCUGGAACACAAUGAUCUCUGGACUUUCAUUGAAUGGGCAAGGGAUUAAGGGGAUUGAACUGUUCCGGCAGAUGGUGAGGUCCGGAGGGGAGCCUAAUUCAGUGACUUUCCUGGGGUUGCUUGGUUGCUGUGCCCAUGCUGGGGCAGUAGAUACUGGGCAGGUGAUCUUCCAGAUUAUGCAGUCAGAGCAUGGGAUUGAGCCGGGAAUUGAACAUUAUGGAUGUAUGGUAGAUUUACUUGGAAGGUCCGGCCUUCUCAAAGAGGCACAUGCGCUGAUUCAAGGGAUGCCAAUGAGCCCUAAUUCUGCAAUAUGGGGAUCACUUCUAAGCGCCUGCCGUGCCCAUGCUGGGCUCGGCAUUGCCGAGGUGGCUCUCAAAGAGCUUAUUAGUCUGGAACCUUGGAAUUCAGGGAACUAUAUGCUGUUGGCCAAUCUUUAUGCGGAAACACAACGUUGGGAGGAGGCAGGUGAUGUGAGGAAACUGAUGAGGAGGAUGACUGUGCAAAAGGCACCAGGGCAGAGCCUAAUUGAAGAACCAAGUUCAAGUUGA